CGUUGUCAUAUGAAUUCAUGGUUCACGCUGUUUCACAUUGCCGCUGCAGCAUUUCGAGCUACAACAUGCGAUUUGGGAACGACAAGUGACAAUGUGAUGACUGUAUAUCAACUUUAGUGUGAACAACAGUGUAGAAAGUAACAGUUUAUGUCCUAGAUCUGUAUUUCUGCCGGAGGUUGGCGGGGGCAAACAGAAGUCACGAUGGUGAAAGAGCAGUUUAGAGAGACUGAUGUGGCCAAAAAAAUAAGCCACAUCUGUUUUGGGAUGAAGUCGGCUGAACAGAUGAGACAGCAGGCUCAUAUCCAAGUGGUCAGUAAGAACCUGUACAGCCAGGACACCAGCCAUACUCCUCUACCAUACGGAGUACUGGAUCAUCGCAUGGGCACCAGUGAGAAGGAUCGUCCUUGUGAGACGUGUGGGAAGAACCUGGCUGACUGUCUGGGACACUAUGGGUAUCUGGACCUGGAGAUGCCCUGUUUUCAUGUGGGCUAUUUCAAAGCCAUCAUUGGAAUCCUACAGAUGAUCUGUAAGACGUGUUCUCACAUCAUGCUGACCAAAGAGGAGAAACUACAGUUUAUGGAUGUGUUGAAGAGGCCAGGCCUAGCAUACCUCCAGAAACGAGGAAUGAAGAAGAAGAUAUCCGACAAAUGCCGCAAAAGGACAUUGUGUCUGAAUUGCUCCACGUUAAAUGGACCAGUGAAGAAGUGUGGCUUGCUGAAGAUCCUCCACGAGAAAUACAAGACAACCAAGAAAGUGGUGGACACUGUAGUAUCAGACUUUCUCAACUCAUUCGAUAUUGCAAUAGAACACAACAAAGAAGUGGAGGGCUUGCUAAACAGGGCUCAGGAGAACCUGAGUCCUCUAGUGGUGCUGAACCUCUUCAGGAGGAUACCAGCGGAGGACAUUCCCCUGCUCCUGAUGAACCCUGAGGCAGGUAAGCCUGCAGACCUCAUCCUCACCCGCCUGCUGGUACCCCCGCUCUGCAUCCGCCCCUCUGUCAUCUCAGACCUCAAGUCGGGUACUAAUGAGGAUGACCUCACCAUGAAGCUCACAGAGAUCAUCUUCCUCAAUGACGUCAUCAAGAAGCACCGUAUGUCAGGGGCCAAGACCCAGAUGAUCAUGGAGGACUGGGACUUCCUCCAGCUGCAAUGUGCUCUCUACAUCAACAGUGAGCUCUCUGGCAUCCCCCUCAACAUGGCCCCCAAGAAAUGGACCAGAGGCUUCGUUCAGAGACUCAAGGGCAAACAAGGGCGAUUCCGUGGAAACCUCUCGGGGAAGAGAGUGGAUUUCUCUGGGAGAACGGUCAUCUCUCCGGACCCCAACCUGCGGAUUGAUGAGGUGGCUGUCCCUGUACACGUAGCCAAAAUCCUGACCUACCCAGAGAAGGUGAACAAGGCCAACUUGGAGAUGCUGAGGAAGCUGGUGCGGAGCGGUCCAGAGGUCCACCCUGGAGCCAACUUCAUCCAGCAACGACACACGCAGAUGAAGAGGUUUCUGAAGUACGGGAACCGAGAGAAGAUGGCCCAGGAGCUGAGGUUUGGAGACGUGGUGGAGAGACACAUGAUCGAUGGAGACAUCGUCCUCUUCAACCGACAGCCCUCUCUACACAAACUCAGCAUCAUGGCUCAUAUUGCCAAAGUGAAGCCUCACAGAACGUUCCGGUUUAACGAGUGUGUGUGCACGCCGUACAACGCUGACUUUGACGGGGACGAGAUGAACCUUCACCUUCCCCAGACAGAGGAGGCCAAGGCUGAAGCCCUGGUGCUGAUGGGGACCAAAGCCAACCUGGUGACACCCAGGAACGGAGAGCCUCUGAUCGCUGCUAUUCAAGACUUUCUGACAGGAGCCUACCUGUUGACCCUGAAGGACACAUUCUUCGAUAGGUCUAAAGCCUGCCAGAUAGUGGCCUCUAUCCUGGUGGGGGUGGAUGAGAGGAUCAAGAUAGCUCUCCCACACCCUGCCAUACUCAAGCCCAUGACUCUGUGGACAGGGAAGCAGAUCUUUGGUCUGAUCCUGAAGCCCAGUAAGGCCUGUCCAGUCAAGGCCAACCUGAGGACCAAGGGGAAACAGUACAGUGGGAAAGGAGAGGACCUCUGCAGCAACGACUCCUUCGUGGUGAUCCAGAACAGUGAGUUGAUGUGUGGUACCAUGGAUAAGGGCACGUUGGGCUCUGGCUCCAAGAAGAACAUAUUCUACAUCCUGCUGAGAGACUGGGGGCAGCUGGAGGCAGCCAACGCCAUGUCUCGUCUGGCCCGCAUCGCCCCUACAUACCUCUCCAACCGGGGUUUCUCCAUCGGUAUUGGUGACGUGACCCCAGGCCAGGGUCUGCUGAAGGCCAAGCAGGACCUGCUGGAUGGAGGCUAUGCCAAGUGUGACGAGUACAUCGAGGCCCUGAAGACGGGCAAACUGCAGCAACAGCCAGGCUGCACGGCAGAGGAGACGCUGGAGGCCCUCAUCCUGAAGGAGCUGUCUGUUAUCAGAGACCAUGCCGGCAGCGCCUGCCUCAGAGAACUGGACAAAACCAACAGUCCUCUGAUUAUGGCUCUGUGUGGCUCCAAAGGAUCCUUCAUCAACAUCUCCCAGAUGAUCGCCUGCGUGGGCCAGCAGGCUAUAAGCGGCUCUCGAGUGCCCGACGGCUUUGAGAACCGCUCGCUGCCACACUUUGAGAAGCACUCUAAACUCCCUGCGGCUAAAGGGUUUGUAGCUGACAGCUUUUAUUCAGGCCUGACGCCGACAGAGUUCUUUUUCCACACUAUGGCUGGUCGAGAGGGCUUGGUGGACACCGCCGUUAAAACAGCUGAGACCGGAUACAUGCAGAGGCGUCUGGUGAAGUCGCUGGAGGACCUGUGUUCCCAGUAUGAUCUGACGGUACGGAGCUCCACUGGGGACAUCAUCCAGUUUGUCUACGGGGGGGACGGCCUGGACCCGGCCGCCAUGGAGGGGAAAGAUGAACCGUUGGAGUUCAACAGAGUCCUGGACAACAUCCGGUCUGUCCAUACGUGUUCAGAGCAGCCAGCCCUUAGUAAGAACGAGUUGGUCCUGACAGCAGAGUCCAUCAUGAUGAGGAGUGACUUCAAGUGCUGCCGAGACAGUUUCCUCGAGGAGAUCAAAAAGUUCAUCAAGGCUACAUCUGAGAAAAUCAAGAAGACCAGGGACAAAUAUGGCAUCAACGACAACGGCACCACCGAGCCCAGAGUUCUGUAUCAGUUGGACCGCAUCACUCCCAGCCAGCUAGAGAAGUUUCUGGAGACCUGCAGGGACAAGUACAUGAGAGCUCAGAUGGAGCCGGGCUCAGCAGUAGGAGCCCUGUGUGCCCAGAGCAUUGGGGAGCCUGGCACCCAGAUGACCCUGAAAACCUUCCACUUUGCUGGGGUAGCCUCCAUGAACAUCACCCUGGGGGUCCCACGCAUCAAGGAGAUCAUCAACGCCUCCAAGAACAUCAGCACACCAAUAAUCAGCGCUCACUUGGAUGUGGACGACGACGCAGACUUCGGCCGGUUGGUGAAAGGGAGGAUUGAAAAGACCCUUCUGGGAGAGAUUUCAGAGUACAUUGAGGAGGUGUUUCUGCCAGACGACUGUUUCAUUCUGGUCAAGCUGUCACUGGAGAGGAUCAGACUGCUACGACUAGAGGUGAAUGCAGAGACAGUCCGCUACUCUAUCUGCAUGUCUAAGCUGAGAGUGAAGCCGGGAGACAUAGCUGUACACGGGGAGGCAGUGGUCUGUGUAUCUCCCAGGGAAAACAGCAAGAGCUCCAUGUACUACGUCCUCCAGUCUCUAAAGGAUAACCUGCCCAAGGUGGUGGUACAGGGUAUCCCUGAGGUCUCCAGAGCUGUCAUUCACAUCGACGAGCAGACCGGCAAGAACAAGUACAAGCUGCUGGUUGAGGGAGACAACCUACGCAGUGUCAUGGCAACCCACGGUGUCAACGGCAACAGGACCACCUCAAACAACACCUAUGAGGUUGAGAAGACGAUUGGUAUCGAGGCUGCUAGGUCCACCAUCAUCAACGAGAUCCAGUACACCAUGGUGAACCACGGCAUGAGCAUCGACAGGCGACACGUCAUGCUCCUGGCUGACCUCAUGUCCUAUAAGGGUGAGAUCCUGGGUAUCACCCGGUUUGGCCUGGCUAAGAUGAAGGAGAGCGUGUUGAUGCUGGCGUCCUUCGAGAAAACUGCCGACCAUCUCUUUGACGCUGCGUACUUUGGUCAGAAGGACUCGGUCUGUGGUGUAUCUGAAUGCAUCAUCAUGGGAAUCCCCAUGAACAUCGGUACAGGACUGUUCAAGCUCUUACACAAGGCUGAUAAGGACCCCACGCCACCCAGGAGACCCCUGCUCUUCGACAGUCCCAACUUCCACAUCCCCUUGGUUACAUAGUAGAACCCAGGACUGUUCAAGCUCUUACACAAGGCUGAUAAAGACCCCACACCACCCAGGAGACCCCUGCUCUUCGACAGUCCCAACUUCCACAUCCCCUUGGUUACAUAGUAGAACCCAGGACUGUUCAAGCUCUUACACAAGGCUGAUAAGGACCCCACACCACCCAGGAGACCCCUGCUCUUCGACAGUCCCAACUUCCACAUCCCCUUGGUUACAUAGUAGAACCCAGGACUGUUCAAGCUCUUACACAAGGCUGAUAAGGACCUCUUGUCUGUCCCAGUAGAACCCUGGGCUCGUGUCUGUCCCAGUAGAACCCUGGGCUCGUGUCUGUCCCAGUAGAACCCUGGGCUCGUGUCUGUCCCAGUAGAACCCUGGGCUCGUGUCUGUCCCAGUAGAACCCUGGGCUUGUGUCUGUCCCAGUAGAACCCUGGGCUCGUGUCUGUCCCAGUAGAACCCUGGGCUCUUGUCUUUCCCAGUAGAACCCUGGGCUCUUGUCACAACCCUUACUGUACUGAUCUGAUCAUCUCAUUGUAUAUGCUUCUUUUGCUGUGUGUGUGUGUGUGUGUGUGUGGGGUUAGGGUUGUGUGUGUGGGGUUAGGGUUGUGUGUGUGUGGCGUUGGGGUGGUGUGUGUGUGUGUGUGUGGCGUUGGGGUGGUGUGUGUGUGGCGUUGGGGUGGUGUGUGUGUGUGGCGUUGGGGUGGUGUGUGUGUGUGUGGCGUUGGGGUGGUGUGUGUGUGUGUGGCGUUGGGGUGGUGUGUGUGUGUGUGGCGUUGGGGUGGUGUGUGUGUGUGUGGCGUUGGGGUGGUGUGUGUGUGGCGUUGGGGUGGUGUGUGUGUGAUGGAGCAAAGAGAGCAUGGGGCCUUUUUACAGUGAAGCUUUUUGUUUUCUCUCCGUGAAGCUCCAUAUAAUAACAUCUUCCUUGUGGCUUCCUGUUUAUUGUGUUACUUUAUACCACUUCUUCUAAUUCACAGGAGAGAGAAGUGAGAGAGAAGUACCUGUCAAAACGUCUCCAGCUCUUCCACAAUGGAACACGGACGUUCCCCUGUUGUUUAUUUGUUUAGUCGUGGCCUCAUGUUAACUCUCUUUAUUAUGUUCCUCGUCUGUUUUUCCCCCCACGCUUUCUCUUUCUGAACUGACAAUAAAGUGACGCUGGAAAGAGA